UCCGCCUCUACCAAGAUGGCGGAUCCCUCUUUCCUGUGUGGCGGAAUGUGCACCGGGGCGGCUCCUGCGGCCGGCAACGCCGGGGUUCCGGGUGUCGGGCCGGACCGGGCUCAGGCCAGGCUCAGCAGCAGUGUCAGUGAUAGGGUGGGGAGAGCGAUGGCGGCUCCUCUCGCGCUGCUGCUGGGCAUCAGCCUCGCGCUGGCACCGCCCCUGGCUCAAGCCCGGAGCCUGCGUUUCGUUACCCUGCUGUACCGCCACGGGGACCGCUCCCCAGUGAGGGCCUAUCCUCGGGACCCCCAUCAGGAGAGCGCGUGGCCCCAGGGAUUUGGGCAGCUCACCCAGGUUGGGAUGCUGCAACAAUGGGAUCUGGGCCAGUCACUCCGGAAGCGUUACCAUGGAUUCCUGAACGCCUCAUACAAUAGGCAGGAGAUUUUCAUUCGCAGCACAGAUUACGACCGGACACUGAUGAGUGCAGAGGCCAAUCUGGCAGGACUGUAUCCCCCACAAGGACAACAGGUGUUCAACCCCAAUGUUUCCUGGCAGCCAAUCCCUGUACACUCUGUGCCUGACUCUGGGGAGAAGCUGCUGAAGUUUCCAUUAUCCCCUUGCCCGCGGUAUGAGCAGCUACAGAAUGAAACCCGGCAAUCAGCAGAGUACAUAAAUAAAACCAGACAGAAUUUGGGGUUCCUGGAGAUGGUGGCAAAUCAGACAGGGAUCCAGGAUGUGUCCCUGGAGUCUGUCUGGAGCAUCUACGACACCCUUUUUUGUGAGCAAACACAUAGGCUGCUACUGCCGCCAUGGGUGACCCCGGAUGUCAUGACUCAGUUGAAGCAACUAAAAGACUUUGGCUUUGAAUUCCUGUUUGGGAUCCACCAGCAGAUGGAGAAAGCUCGUCUGCAGGGUGGGGUCCUGCUGGCUCAGAUAAGGAAAAACAUGACCUCAGCAGCAAAUGCGUCUGCACCCCAGCAUCUGAAAUUACUCGCCUACUCAGCACAUGACACAACACUUGUGGCACUGCAGAUGGCUCUGAAUGUCUACAAUGGGAGACAAGCACCAUAUGCCUCAUGUCACAUAUUUGAGCUGUACCAAGAUGAUGACAGUAACUUUUCUGUGGAGAUGUUUUUCCACAACGAGAGUGGGAGGGAGCCUUUUCCACUGACGCUGCCUGGCUGUGCCCAGCGCUGCCCCUUGCCGGAUUUCCUGCAGCUCACUGACCCCAUCAUUCCCCAGGACUGGGCGCGCGAAUGCCAGGUAGCAAGCAAUGUUCAGGACACAGGUCCCAGAUUUUGACUGUCUGGUCCACAGAAGCUGUAGCCAGGAGCCAAUCACAGCGCGAGUUAAACUCCACAUGAGUCACUUUCUUCUUAUGUAACUUCAGCUUCCAAAUCUGCAGCGGAGGGAAACAGAAGGUGAGAUCUGUGCAACAGCUACACAGCAAGCAGGUGCAAUACGUGCCCCAUAAAGAACUUUCCAGCACUGCUCUGGUACAGACAGCCUGUGGGAUUUAGGCCGUGGAGCUCUGAGCACUCCUUAACUUGCAUAUUGUACCACCCCGUUUAUCCAAAGGUUUUGGUGCAGGCAGUAGACCUUGUUAGCACUGCAAGCCUUGACCCUAGAGCAUGGGGCAGGUGCAGUCUAGCUACAGCCAGCGCUGCAAACCCCACAGCCCAGAGCUCAGACUCAUCUAUAUGAGGCUGUACUUGCAGUUUCUGACAUACCCAAACUUCAGAAAGCCUUAGACAAGGUCCCUCACCAAAGGCUCUUAAACAAAGUAAGCAGUCAUGGGAUAAGAGGGCAGGGUCCUCUCAUGGAUCAGUAACUGGUUAAAAGAUAGGAAACAAAGGGAAGGGACGAAUGGUCAGUUUUCAGAAUGGAGAGAGAUAAAUAGUGGUGUCCCACAGGGAUCUGUACUGGUACCAGUGCUGUUCAACAUAUUCAUAAAUUAUCUGGAAAAAGGGAUAAACAGUGAGGUGGCAAAAUUUGCAGAUGAUAUAAAAUUAUUCAAGAUCGUUAAAUCCAAAGCAGACUGUGAAGAGAUACAAAGGGAUCUCACAAAACUGGGUGACUGGGCAACAAAAUGGCAAAUGAAAGUCAAUGUUGAUAAAUGCAAAGUAAUGAACAUUGAAAACAUAAUCCCAACUAUACAUACAAAACAAUGGGCUCUAAAUUAGCUGUUACUACUCAAGAAAGAGAACUCAGAGACAUUGUGGAUAGUUCUCUGAAAACAUCCACUCAAUGUGCAGUGGCAGUCAAAAAAAGCAAACAGAAUGUUGGGAAUUAUUAAGAAACGGAUAGGUAAUAAGACAGAAAAUAUCAUAUUGCCUCUCUAUAAAUCCACGGUAUGCCCAUGUCUUGAAUACUGUGUGCAGAUCUGGUCACCCCAUCUCAAAAAAUAUAUAUUGGAAUUGGAAAAGGACAGAAAAGGGCAACAAAAAUGAUAAGGGUUAUGGAACAGCUUCCAUAUGAGGAGAGUUUAAUAACACUGGGACUUUUCAGCUUGGAAAAGAGACGACUAAGGGGGGAAAUGAUAGAGGUCUAUAAAAUCAUGGCUGGUGUAGAGGAAGUAAGGAAGUGUUAUUUACUCCUUCUCAUAACACAAGAACUAGUGUUCACCAAAUGAAAUUAAUAGGCAGCAGGUUUAAAACAAACAAAAGGAAGUAUUUCUUCACACAAUGCACAGUUAACCUGUGGAACUCUUUGCCGGAGGAUGUUAUGAAGGCCAAGACUAUAACAGGGUUCAAAAAAUAACUAGAUAAGUUCAUGGAGGAUAGGUCCAUCGAUGGCUAUUAGUCAGGAUGGUCAGGGAUGCAAACCAUGCUCUGAAGUGUCCCUAGCCUCUAUUUGCCAGAAGCUGGGAAGAGGUGACAAAGGAUGGAUCACUUGAUAAUGACCUGUUCUGUUCAUUCCCUCUGAAGCACCUGGCAUUGACCACUGUCGGAAGACAGAAUACUGAGCUAGAUGGGCCAUUGGUCUGACUGUCUCUCUUUGAGAUGGUUGCUAAGGCCCAAGAUCUUCUCCUGGUCCCUUUGCCAGUUUCACCACAGAAAGGUUUCCAUUGUGGGGAUAUUACUGGGGCUGGAGAUUCAUCUACUCCCAGUGAAUUUAUUAGGCAUGUAACAAGGCACUCGGCCUUGAGGGUAUAAACACAGGGCAGCUCUUACAGUCCUUGGGGCCUUUAAUACUGAGAGCUGUAGUUGUAGGGCACAUGACUAGGAGCAAACGUGUGACCUACAGGAAGCCAGGUAUGAGGCUUCCUGCCUCUUGGGCAGGGACAGCAGACAGAAGAGACCAGAGGUCAGAGAAGCCCAAGUGUGUCUCUCUCCAUAGUAGACAGGAAAGGGCUACCGGGAGGAGGGGGGAAGAAGGAAGGAUGUGUCCCUCCCAACAGCAGAAGGUAGGAAAGGUCUCCAUUACAGAGAAUUUUGUAUUAUGAACAUUUUUGCAUCUUCUAUGUAUUAAUAAAAAUGCCCUGAGGAAAGGGAAAAAAGCUAAACUCUAAUAUUUGGGCUUUAUUUGGAGUGCCACAGCUAGUGACUUGGCCCACUGGUUAACAUGUCCCCCCUGCCUACAGCUCCUGGGGUGGGAAUUGCCCAGCACUGUUUCCCCUGAGAGCAACAGAAGUGACGACUUAGGAUUGAUUAUAAUAAAGCAGCGGCGAAGAGGUUGCUCUUGAUUGGCAGGGCCCGCUUUUGAAGAAAUUCCAGGCCCACCCUCUCCUAGGCAGCUUUCUUUUCUGAUUCCAGUCCUGGUGCUAACACUCUGCCCCCUUGGACAGGAUGGAAAUGGUGCAGUUUCUGUUCUUCUCCUGGCCUUUGCUGAGGUUGGGAUUUGGAGCUGGGAAUGCCCAGGACUUUGAUCCUGCUUGUGAGUAGCCCUGGGGAGGAAGUGGUUGUCAGAUCACCCACCCCACCCCACCCCCCGCCAGUGACACUCCCAUUUUUCCAAAGAGGUUUCUGGAGUGUGUUCAUUGCUAGGGGGAAUUGACACCUUCGGGAUGUCACAAUUUCUGCUCUCCUGAGUAAUCAGACACUCUCAAUGCAGGCAGAUCCCAUGAUGUGGACCUUAACUUGAAAUCACUCUUUGAGUGAUUUAGCAUGCUCCCCACCUUGGGAGGAAGGGCACGCAGUUUCUAGUGCACUGCAGAAGGGCAGGGAGCAUCGCCUGGCAGAUACUAGGUGGACUCACAUCCCUUUAGGUUAAGGAUGCAUGCUCCUCUUUCUAGGGACCCUGCUCCCAAGAAAGACAUGGGCAAAGAAAAAACAAACCAUCGGGGUCCCUGGAAAGGGGAGAGUAAGAGGCAGGGAAGAUGAGAGGAGCCAUACAAACCUCUUCACCACCAGUGCUGAGCAGGACCACAUUACCCACGUUAUCACCUGUCACCACGGUCCGGCAGCUUGCAGACACAUCAACACUGCAGUACCAGAAACUAGAGGAAAAGA